UGCAACAUCUAACUGUCCAACUCCUUUGACUGCUUCUUUCGUGCGUUUCUCGGAAUCAACUGCUACUAUCAUAGAGAAGAGAGAAAGCAAUCUGCGUUGAUCCACCAGACGAGCCCAGAGUAUUACUACAAGAAUGGCCGAUUCGCCCGUCGCUACCCAGCCCGUUCCGGCUGGCCCCGCAGCUGCCGACACUCCGCCGGCAAACGUCGCCGCCGCCGCCGCCGCCGCACCCAUUGUUUCAAACUCACCUGAUGUGCCGGCACCUGUCCCGGUGCCGUCUGUCGAGCCGACACCCAUAGAGACUGAUGACGAAGGCAGCGCAACGGACGACGGUUCCACGAUCGAAGAGCGAAUCUCAAACUAUACUGCUUCACUGACGUCCAGCGUUGUCGACUAUCCAGUCGAAUACGGACGCCGGUAUCACGCUUUUCGGCCGGGCUCCUACAAGUUCCCCAACGAUGAGUUUGAAAUGGACAGGCUCGAUCUGGCUCAUGCCAUGAUGGUCAAGGCCGUCGGCAACAGACUUUACCGCGCACCCCUCGAGAUGGAGAAAGUACACAGCAUCCUGGACAUUGGGACAGGAACCGGGAUUUGGGCCGUGGAAAUGGGCGACAUCUACGAGAACACGGAGAUCACUGGCAUCGAUUUGAGCGCCAUCCAGCCAGAAUGGGUUCCCACAAACGUCAGAUUCGAAAUAGAUGAUGUCGAGAGCCCCUGGGUCGACGGUAAAAAGUACGACUUCAUCAUGUGCAGAUACAUGGUCGCCUCGAUUAAGGACUGGCCCGGCCUUAUCAAGAACAUCUACAAUCACUUGAACCCCGGAGGCUGGGUCGAGUUUCAGGACGUCACCACAAAGUUCUACUCUGACGACGGGACCUUUACGGACGAGCACGCCACGGCCAAGUGGAUGGCCAGUUUCUCGGAGGCAUGCUCGGCGAUGGGCCGCGACACGGACGUGGCGCCGCGGCUCGGGGCCAUGAUCGUGGAUGCCGGGUUCGAGAACACCUACUCGCAGCGCAUCAAGGCGCCACUCGGGCCGUGGGCCAAGGAGAGGCACCAUCAGGAUGUGGGCAUGAUGAACCUGAUGCUGACCAUGGACGGCCUUGAGGCCCUGUCUCUGAAGCUGUUCUCCGAGCUCCUCGGACGGACCCAGGCCGAGAUCUUGGUGGAGCUUGCCAUGGUUCGCAAGGAGCUGAAGAGCGGCAGCAGCGGCGUGUUCCACGCCAUGUUCGACAUCUACGUUGUAUAUGGACAAAAACCCCUCACGGCCGAGUCUGGGUCCGAGUCCGAGUCCGAGUCUGAGUCUGAGGGAUGAGCUUUGUAUUCACGCACAGGGAUUUAGCCGGUAUAAGGCAGCGGACGUUUCAUGGAUACCAAUUUAUCCUGUGGGUGGUGGACAGCGAGGGUCGAUCGAUGGUUGGAAAAUAGUCGGAGCCUGCUUCUGAUUGACGCCUUUGAACGGUGUGCCCCUGCACGGCGUAUUUUGGUCUGGUAUUAGUGAAUUGAGAAGCGAAGAAGAUCACGACGGCAUGACCGUAGUGAGUGAUUGCAACAGGCAUAUAUAUGCUUUCGUCUACGGUGGUCUUGCUUGAGGAGCUGGUUGACCGCAAAGCGCAGCAAGGCGAUCUCCGAUCGGCG